AAUGUUACACCAAAGGAAGCAGCAAACAUACAAGAAAAGCUGACUCAACUUAAUUUUGAAUGGGAGAAAGUUAACAAGAUGUACAGGGACCGACAGGCACGGUUUGACAAAUCUUUGGAAAAGUGGCAGAUUUUUCAUUCUGACAUGAAGACAUUUAAUCAUUGGCUAAGUGAAACUGAAGAGAAGCUGUCAAGAGCACAGAUAGAGGCUGGAGAUGUGGGGCUUGUGAAAACCAAGCAGUUUAUCCAGGAACUUCAGGAUGGCAUUGGGCAGCAGCAAACUGCUGUCAAAACAUUGAAUGCAACUGGUGAAGAGAUUAUUGAGCAGUCAUCAAAAGCAGAUGCCAAGGUGCUGAAGGAACAACUGGAAAGUUUGAAUAACCGGUGGAAGGAGAUCUGCAGACAGUUGGUAGAGAAAAAAAAGAGGAUAGAGGAAGAAAAGACUAUCUUAUCAGAAUUUCAAGAGGAUUUGAACAAGUUGAUUUUAUGGUUAGAGGAAGCAGACAACGUUAUUUGUAUUCCCCUUGAACACGGGAAUGAAGACCAGUUGAGAGACUGCCUGAGCAAAGUCAAGUUAAGAGUUGGAGAGCUGCCGCCCCACAAGGGAAUACUGAAACGAUUAAAUGAAACUGGAGGAAUAGCACUUGGAAGUGCAUCACUGAACCCAGACAAAAAACAUAAGCUUGAGAGUACACUGAAGGAAGCUAACCAUCGUUUGUUAAAGGUGUCCAAAGAUCUUCCAGAAAAACAAAAGGAAAUAGAGAUUCUGCUAACGGAUUUUGUUGAACUUGAUCAACAACUAAAUCAGGUGAUAUUGUGGGUAACACCUGUCAAGAGCCAGCUAGAGCUUUACAACAAAGUGGGUCAGCCAGGAGCCUUUGAUAUUAAGGAAACUGAAGCAGCAGUGAAGGCUAAACAGCCGAAUGUGGAAGAGGUUUUGUCUAAAGGGUGUCAUUUAUAUAAAGAAAAACCAGCUACUCAUCCAGUAAAGAAAAAAUUAGAAGACUUGAAUGCUGACUGGAAGGCAAUACAACAUUUAAUUCAACAGCUAAAGGAAAAGCCAGCAUUAGCAGCCUUUGGCCAUCUAUCUUCAGGUGUCUUAACUCCUGGUGAAACUGUUGCUGUGGAUACACAAACCAGGGUAACCAAGGAAACCACCACCUUCAAACCAGAAAUGCCAUCUUCUGUGCUUUUGGAGGUUCCAGCCUUGGCUGACUUCAAUAAGGCAUGGGCAGAACUCACUGACUGGCUGUCUCGACUGGAUCGAGAGAUAAAAUCUCAGAGAGUGAAAGUAGGUGAUCUUGAUGACAUCAACGACAUGAUCAUCAAACAAAAGGCAAUACUACAGGAUCUGGAGCAAAGACGUCCCCAGCUGGAUGAACUAAUAACUGCAGCACAAAAUCUAAAAAACAAGACAAGCAAUCAAGAAGCCCGGACAAUAAUUACUGACCGCAUUGAAAAGAUACAGAGCCAGUGGGAUGAAGUGCAUGGAUACCUCCAAAGCCGGAGACAACAGCUUCAAGAGAUGCUGAAGGAUUCAACACAGUGGCUGGAAGCUAAGCGAGAAGCUGAGCAGGUUCUGGAACAAGCAAAAGCUAAGCUUGAGUCAUGGAAAGAAAUUUCCUACACUGUGGAAGCUUUGAAAAAGCAGAACACAGAACUUAAGCAAUUUUCAAAAGAAAUACGACAAUGGCAAAUAAAUGUAGAUGUGGCAAAUGACAUGGCUCUUAAGCUGCUCCGUGAUUAUUCAGCAGAUGACACCAGAAAGGUACAACUGAUGACAGAUAGCAUCAAUGCAUCGUGGGCUGCCAUUAAUAAAAGGGUUUGUGAACGUGAAGCAGCUCUGGAAUCAGCCCUAAGAAUGCUGCAGCAAUUCUACCUGGAUCUCGAAAAGUUCCUUGCUUGGCUCACAGAAGCUGAAACAACUGCAAAUGUCCUGCAGGAUGCUACACACAAAGAAAAGACACUAGAGGAUGCCAAAAUGGUUCGGGACCUCAUGAAACAGUGGCAGGAACUACAGGCAGAAAUUGAUGCUCACACUGACAUCUUUCACAACCUGGAUGAAAAUGGGCAGAAAAUCCUGAGAUCCCUGGAAGGCUCUGAGGAUGCAACCCUGCUGCAGAGACGUCUGGAUAACAUGAACCUCAGAUGGAGUGAACUUAGGAAGAAAUCUCUAAACAUUAGAUCCCAUUUGGAAGCCAGUACCGACCAGUGGAAGCGAUUACAUCUCUCUCUUCAGGAACUUUUGGCAUGGCUGCAGUUGAAGGAGGAUGAAUUAAAACAGCAAGCACCCAUUGGUGGAGAUCUUCCCACUGUGCAGAAACAGAAUGAUAUUCAUCGGACUUUCAAGAGGGAACUAAAAACAAAAGAACCUGUUAUCAGGAGUGCCCUUGAGACUGUGAGAAUCUUCGUGGCUGAGCAGCCUGUGGAGGCAGUGGAGAAGGUCUGCCCAGAACCCAGAGAACUGUCACCUGAGGAAAGAGCCCACAAUGUCACCAAACUUCUGCAAAGACAAGCAGAUGAGGUCAGAACUGAGUGGGAUAAGCUGAAUCUACAGUCUGCUGAUUGGCAAAAGAAGAUCGACGAUGCUCUUGAGAGACUGCAGGGCCUUCAGGAGGCAAUGGAUGAGCUGGACCUGAAGCUACGCCAGGCUGAGGCAUUCAAAGGAUCCUGGCAGCCAGUGGGGGAUCUGCUCAUUGACUCUCUGCAGGAUCACUUGGAAAAAGUCAAGGUUUACCGAGCAGAACUUGUUCCCCUGAAGGAAAAGGUGCAUCACGUCAAUGAGCUCGCUCACCGCUUCACUCCCCCCGAUAUUCAACUCUCCCAGUACAAUCUCAGCUGUGUGGAAGACCUAAACACAAGGUGGAAGGUGCUGCAGGUGGCCGUUGAUGAGCGCAUCAAGCAACUGCAUGAAGCUCACAGGGAUUUUGGCCCUACUUCCCAGCAUUUUCUUACGACUUCUGUCCAAGGCCCCUGGGAGAGGGCAAUCUCACCAAACAAAGUGCCGUAUUAUAUCAACCAUGAGACGCAAACGACCUGCUGGGAUCAUCCCAAGAUGACUGAGCUUUACCAGUCAUUAGCUGACCUGAACAACGUCAGGUUCUCGGCGUACAGGACUGCCAUGAAACUCCGCAGGCUGCAGAAAGCCCUUUGCUUGGAUCUCCUGAGUCUGUCUGCUGCCUGUGAUGCCUUGGACCAGCACAACCUCAAACAGAACGACCAGCCAAUGGAUAUUCUGCAGAUCAUUAACUGCCUGACCACCAUUUACGAUCGACUGGAGCAAGAGCACAAUAACCUGGUCAAUGUUCCCCUCUGUGUGGACAUGUGCCUCAACUGGCUUCUGAAUGUCUACGACACGGGUCGAACAGGAAGGAUCCGUGUCUUAUCCUUCAAAACCGGUGUCGUAUCCCUUUGUAAAGCACACCUGGAAGAUAAAUAUAGAUACCUGUUCAAACAAGUGGCAAGUUCCACUGGCUUCUGUGACCAGCGCCGGCUGGGGCUGCUGCUGCACGACUCCAUCCAGAUCCCCCGGCAGCUGGGGGAGGUGGCCUCCUUCGGGGGCAGCAACAUCGAGCCGAGUGUUAGGAGCUGCUUCCAGUUUGCCAACAACAAACCAGAGAUCGAAGCAGCCCUUUUCCUGGACUGGAUGAGGCUGGAGCCCCAGUCCAUGGUGUGGCUGCCUGUCCUGCACAGGGUAGCUGCUGCUGAGACCGCCAAGCACCAAGCCAAGUGCAACAUCUGUAAGGAGUGCCCCAUUAUUGGAUUCAGGUACAGAAGUUUAAAGCACUUUAACUAUGACAUCUGCCAAAGUUGCUUCUUCUCUGGCCGUGUUGCUAAAGGUCACAAAAUGCACUAUCCCAUGGUGGAAUACUGCACACCAACAACUUCAGGAGAAGAUGUCCGUGACUUUGCCAAGGUACUAAAAAACAAAUUUCGAACAAAAAGAUAUUUUGCAAAGCACCCACGAAUGGGCUACCUGCCUGUGCAGACUGUCUUGGAGGGAGACAACAUGGAAACGCCUGCCUCGUCCCCUCAGCUCUCACACGAUGAUACUCAUUCACGCAUUGAACAUUAUGCUAGCAGGCUAGCAGAAAUGGAGAACACCAAUGGUUCUUACCUAAAUGACAGUAUUUCACCUAAUGAGAGCAUUGAUGAUGAACACCUGUUAAUCCAGCACUACUGCCAAAGUCUGAACCAGGAGUCCCCCCUGAGCCAGCCCCGAAGCCCUGCCCAGAUCCUGAUUUCUCUGGAGAGUGAGGAAAGAGGGGAACUGGAGAGAAUCCUCGCAGACCUGGAGGAGGAAAACAGGAACCUGCAGGCAGAGUACGACCGCUUGAAGCAGCAGCACGAGCACAAGGGUCUGUCUCCACUGCCAUCCCCCCCGGAGAUGAUGCCGGUCUCUCCGCAGAGCCCCCGGGACGCUGAGCUCAUUGCAGAAGCCAAGCUGCUUCGCCAGCACAAGGGCCGCCUGGAAGCCAGGAUGCAGAUCCUGGAGGAUCACAACAAACAGCUGGAAUCGCAGCUGCACAGGCUGAGGCAGCUGCUGGAGCAGCCACAGGCAGAUGCCAAGGUGAAUGGUACAACACUGUCAUCUCCUUCUACCUCUUUGCAGAGGUCAGGCAGCAGUCAGCCAAUGCUUCUUCGUGUAGUUGGCAGCCAGACUUCAGAAACCAUGGGUGAGGAUGAGCUGCUCAGCCCUCCCCAGGACACAAGCACAGGUUUGGAGGAAGUGAUGGAGCAGCUCAACAACUCUUUCCCCAGCUCCAGAGGCCACAAUGUAGGGAGCCUUUUCCACAUGGCAGAUGACCUGGGAAGAGCGAUGGAAACCUUGGUGACCGUGAUGACCGACGACAAGGUGUUAGAAUAGCAAGAUGUGUUUUACAACUUCAGGCGUUCCGCAUGGUUUUUAUAAUAUUCAUACUACAAAGAGGAUUAGACUGUAAGAGUUUACAAGAAAACAAAUCUAUAUUUUUGUGAAGGGUAGUGGUACUAUACUGUAGAUUUCAGUAGUUUCCUAAGUCUGUUACUGUUUUGUUAACAAUGGCAGGUUUUACACGUCUAUGCAAUUGUACAAAAAUUAUAAGAGAACUACAUGUAAAAUCUUGAUAGCUAAAUAACUUGCCAUUUCUUUAUAUGGAACGCAUUUCGGGUUGUUUAAAAAAAAUUUAUAACAGUUAUAAUGAAAGAUUGUAAACUAAAGUGUGCUUUAUAAAAAUAAUUGUUUAUAGAAACCCCCUUAAAAAAAAACCACAAAAAAAUCUACUGAGGCAGUGCAUUUGUUUAGUAUCAUUUCAGCUCUGUAACAGUAUCAGAGAGAUUCAUGUCCUGUGUUCUUUUCCUUGCCUAUCCAAAAGAAAAAAAAAUGAAAGUAUUUCCUGCAAUGAUAACAGAAUGGCCACCUUAUAUUUCUCAUUGGUUUUGUCUGACUAGGGCUGGCUUAGAAAAAAUAACCAAAAAACCUGAACUUCCAAUGAAGGUAAUUACCUUUUAUCUUUCCAAUAAAAUUAAGAAUUACAUGACUUACUGUCCUGGUUU